AUGCUUGAAUUAGAGCCCAAGUUAUAGUACCAAGCCCAGAAAAUAAAAAGCAACAAUUAUUAGAUUUUAAUAAAAAAAUGCAUAUGAAUUGAAUUAAAAGCUGGCUAAUUAAAAUUCAGAUUUACUUGUUGGUAUAAUAAACUCAGAAAAUAAUUAAGAUCAGCUCAGGUCAUUUAAAAAAUUAGAAUCUAAUUACACAAAUAAUAGGAUUAUCACUAGACUUUUGAAACAAAAUUAAAGGAAAUCGAAAAAAAUUUCAACACUGCUAAAAAGAAAAAUUAAGCUUACAAACAGAUGAAAACUCUCGCAAUUCUAAAUCCAAAGAAAAAAGAUGGAGGAAUGUAUCGAUAUUAUAUGAAUAAAUAUGAAAAUAUCUUCUAUCAUCCUCGCACCAUAAAAAACUUUUUUCAAAAAAGGAACAAUUUGAGAGAACCGAUUUACCAACUUUACACCCUCUAUGACACGAAGAAUUUUAAGAACUACUAGGUAAAUUAUCCAUAGGUAAAGCAAUUACAAGAGAUGGUAGACCCUAUCAAUAAAAAUAACAAAUACUGGUUUAGUAGUGCAAUUAUCACCGAUAUAUCAGCAACUAUUUAAUAUAUACUUAGACAAUUUAAUGAAAAAAUCUAUAAAAUUAAUCUGGUUUAAUGGAGAUUAAAUAUUUGGCUUAAGUUGAUGAUAUCGUAUUUUGGAUAUAGCAUAAAAAUAUUUAAUAGUUUCUCAGAUCUUUAGAAAAAGUGA